ACUUAACGAGGAGCUGGAGAAAAUGGAGGCAGGAGCCCCCUUUCAGAGAGCCUUGAUCAUGGAAAUAAGCAAGGACGUUAAUAUUAACCCGAAAUCCCUGCUUCUGUGAUGUUACGCCUUCUCCUUGUGGUCUUAACAUACAGGCCUGAGCAGAAGCCUCCUGGGUAGAGAAGCCGGGGACCGGUCCCGCUUCGGUCCCUUUUCUCUCUGUCUGAGCGUCUCCUUUAAAAGGCGGGGCCGGAACUGGCAGUGUGUCACUUGCUUUGUACGUGUCGGAGGCGGAGUUUCGAGAAGGUCCUUGCACCAUGGCCGUCGGCACCGGCGCCGCCUUAGCGUUUCUGAGCCAGGAGAGCCGAGCCCGGGCAGGGGGUAUCGGGGGCUUGCGCGUCCCGGCCCCAGUCACUAUGGACAGUUUUUUCUUCGGUUGUGAGCUCUCUGGCCACACCCGCUCCUUCACCUUCAAGGUAGAGGAAGAGGAUGAUGCCGAGCACGUGCUGGCCUUGACCAUGCUCUGCCUCACCGAGGGGGCCAAAGAUGAGUGUAAUGUGGUGGAAGUUGUGGCACGAAACCACGACCAUCAGGAGAUUGCAGUCCCUGUGGCCAACCUCAAGUUGUCCUGCCAACCCAUGCUCAGCCUCGAUGACUUCCAGCUCCAACCACCUGUAACCUUCCGCCUGAAGUCAGGCUCUGGCCCUGUGCGGAUCACUGGGCGGCACCAGAUUGUUACUAUAAGCAAUGACGUUUCUGAGGAGGAGGAGAGUGAGGAAGAGGACAGUGAGGAGGAGGAAGCUGAGUUGUGCCCUGUCUUGCCUGCCAAGAAGCAGGGCGGCAGGCCCUAGCCCUCCUUGGUCAGCUAGCAGCCUGUGACUUGUGCUAUAUACCGUGUUCCUGGACAAGUCUCAAGAACUUGAAAUGUUUCUUCUUCGUUGAAGAGGGGAACUUGGGGCAGGGGGUGGGGGGUACUUGGGCUGGUGCUAGGAGAAAAGGAGGCCCAUUCUCCUUAGGGCCCUGUUUUAGACCCAACCAUGUCUGGGGCUUUCCUUUUCUCUAGGGGUGGGAGGAACUCAGAACUUCUAUCCUGACCCUCUCUGCCCCCACCUUCCCAUGAAGAUUGGAGGUCAGUAGUUGAAGCUCAGGACUACACAUUUUUACCCCUUUUUACAUUUUUGGAUAAAGGUUGAAAUAAAAUGGC